ACCGGUUCUUCCGGAGAGAGGAGAGCGAGAGGCGAUGGCGGCGGCGGCGGCGCCGGCCCUGAAGCACUGGCGCACCACGCUGGAGCGGGUGGAGAAGUUCGUAUCACCGCUCUACUUCACCGACUGUAACCUCCGCGGCAGGCUUUUUGGGGACCGCCGCCCGGUGACCGCGCUGUCCAGCUUCCUUACGCCCGAGAGGCUUCCCUACCAGGAGGCUGUGCAGCGAGACUUCACCCCGGCGCACGUCGGAGACAGCUUCGGACCCACAUGGUGGACCUGCUGGUUCCGGGUGGAGCUGACCAUCCCAGAGGCAUGGGUGGGCCAGGAAGUUCACCUUUGCUGGGAAAGUGAUGGAGAAGGUCUGGUGUGGCGCGAUGGGGAACCUGUCCAGGGUUUGACCAAAGAGGGUGAGAAGACCAGCUAUGUCCUGACCGACAGGCUGGGGGAAGGAGACCCCCGGAGCCUGACCCUCUUUGUGGAAGUGGCGUGCAAUGGGCUCCUGGGGGCUGGGAAAGGGAGCAUGAUCGCAGCCCCUGACCCCGAGAAGAUGUUCCAGCUGAGCCGCGCUGAACUGGCAGUGUUCCACCGGGAUGUCCAUAAGCUCCUAGUGGACCUGGAGCUGCUGCUGGGCAUCGCCAAGGGCCUUGGGGAAGACAACCAGCGCAGCUUCCAGGCCCUGUACACAGCCAACCAGAUGGUGAAUGUGUGCGACCCUGCCCAGCCUGGCACCUUCCCCGCAGCCCAGGCCCUGGCUUCCAGGUUCUUUGGCCAACGUGGAGGUGAAAGCCAACACAUCCUCCAUGCCACAGGGCACUGCCACAUUGACACAGCCUGGCUUUGGCCCUUCAAAGAGACCAUCCGGAAAUGUGCCCGGAGCUGGGUGACUGCCAUGCAGCUCAUGGAGCGCAACCCUGAGUUCAUCUUUGUCUGCUCCCAGGCACAGCAACUUGAGUGGGUGAAGAGCCACUACCCUGGCCUGCACGCCCGGCUCCAGGAGUUUGCCUGCCGUGGGCAGUUUGUGCCCGUGGGGGGCACCUGGGUAGAGAUGGAUGGGAACCUGCCCAGUGGAGAGGCCAUGGUCAGGCAGUUCCUGCAGGGCCAGAACUUCUUUCUGCAGGAGUUUGGGAGGACGUGCUCCGAGUUCUGGCUGCCCGACACAUUCGGCUACUCAGCACAGCUCCCACAGAUCAUGCGCGGCUGCGGCAUCAGGCACUUCCUGACCCAGAAAUUGAGCUGGAACUUGGUGAACACCUUUCCGCACCACACCUUUUUCUGGGAGGGGCUGGAUGGCUCCCGGGUGCUGGUCCACUUCCCGCCUGGCGAUUCAUAUGGGAUGCAGGGCAGCGUGGAGGAGGUGCUAAAGACUGUGACCAACAACCGGGACAAGGGCCGGACCAACCACAGUGCCUUCCUCUUUGGCUUUGGAGAUGGGGGCGGUGGCCCCACCCAGACCAUGCUGGACCGCCUGACGCGGCUGGCCAACACUGACGGGCUGCCCAGGGUACAGCUGUCCUCCCCAGGGCAUCUCUUCUCAGCGCUGGAAAGCGAUUCAGGGCGGCUGUGCACGUGGGUUGGGGAGCUCUUCCUGGAGCUGCACAACGGCACCUACACCACCCAUGCCCAGAUCAAGAAGGGAAACCGGGAGUGUGAGCGGAUUCUACAUGAUGCGGAGCUACUGAGCUGCCUGGCCCUGGCCCGCAGUGUCCAGUUCCUGUACCCCGCUGCCCAGCUGCAGCACCUCUGGAGGCUCCUGCUCCUGAACCAGUUCCAUGACGUGGUGACGGGAAGCUGCAUCCAGCUGGUGGCAGAGGAUGCCAUGUGCCACUACAAUGACAUCCGUUCCCAUGGCAACACGCUGCUCAGCGCAGCAGCCACAGCGCUGUGUGCAGGCGAGCCAGGGCCUGAGGACAUCCUCAUCGUCAACACGCUGCCCUGGAAGCGCACUGAGGUCCUGGUGCUACCCAAGCCCGGCGGGGCACACAGCCUAGUCCUCAUCCCCAGCCCUGGUGACAGUGCCCAGCAUGGGCUAUGCUCCUGUGCCCACCCCCACCUCGCUGCAGCCCCUGCUGCCCCAGCAGCCUGUGUUCGUAGUGCAAGAGCCCUUACAGACUCAGCCUCAAGGCUUCCUCCCACCAAGACUGACGGUUCUGUGACUCUGGACAAUGGCAUCAUCCGGGUGAGACUGGACCCAACCGGCCGCCUGACGUCCUUGGUCCUGGUGGAUUCUGGCAGGGAAGCCCUUGCCGAGGGCUCAGUGGGGAACCAGUUUGUGCUGUUUGAUGAUGUCCCCUUGUACUGGGAUGCGUGGGACGUCAUGGACUACCACCUAGAGACGCGGAAGCCCGUGCUGGGCCAGGCAGGGACCCUGGCCGUGGGCACUGAGGGUGGCCUGCGGGGGAGUGUCUGGUUCUUAUUGCAGAUCAGCCCCAACAGCCGCCUCAGCCAGGAAGUCGUGCUGGAUAUUGGCUGCCCCUAUGUCCGCUUCCACACCGAGGUGCAUUGGCAUGAGGCCCACAAAUUUCUGAAGGUGGAAUUCCCUGCCCAAGUGCGGAGCUCCCAAGCCACCUAUGAGAUCCAGUUCGGGCAUCUGCAGCGACCCACCCACCACAACACCUCCUGGGACUGGGCUCGAUUUGAGGUGUGGGCCCACCGCUGGGUGGACCUGUCAGAGCACGGCUUCGGGCUAGCCUUGCUCAACGACUGCAAGUAUGGCGCGUCAGUGCGAGACAACGUCCUCAGCCUCUCGCUCUUGCGGGCGCCUAAGGCUCCGGACGCCACUGCUGACAUGGGACGCCACGAGUUCACCUACGCGCUGAUGCCGCACAAGGGCUCCUUCCAGGAUGCUGGCGUGAUCCGCGCUGCCUACAGCCUCAACUUCCCCCUGUUGGCGCUGCCAGCCCCAGGCCCAGCACCCGCCACCUCCUGGAGCGCCUUUUCCGUGUCCACACCGGCAGUCGUGCUGGAAACCGUCAAGCAGGCGGAGUCCAGUCCCCAGAGCCGCACGCUGGUCCUGAGGCUGUACGAGGCCCACGGCAGCCACACGGACUGCUGGCUGCACACGUCGCUGCCGCUUCAGGAGGCCACGCUCUGCGACCUCCUAGAGCGGCGAGACCCCGCUGGCCACGUGCCCCUUCGGGACAACCGCCUGAAGCUCACCUUCUCGCCCUUCCAAGUGCGGUCUCUGCUGCUCGUGCUUCAGCCUCCGCCACACUGAGGGGGAGGGCUGUCUGUGGAAGGCUUUGGGGACUCCCCAUUUCCACCUCCCAGCCUGAAGCGAGGAUCAGCCAUUGCUUGUGUAAUAAAUCUUGGACCAGGAA